UGAAAACUCGAGGCAGGCAGGCAGGUGGCCUCCCUCCCUCCCAUGGGCCACCCCAGGAAGCUCUAAGGGUGGUCCUGGCUGGGAAUCAGUGGUGAAAACCUUGGGGCCAAAGAGUGAGGGGAGAACACCUUUGCAGAUCUCCUCACCUUCCGGACAACCCUCCUGGGUGGGCUGGCAGGAGCCAAGGGGUUUCCCAGGUUCAGUUAGGUGACGGUGCCCCCUGGGAUAUAUGGGGCUCCCCACCCCCUUGCCUGGGGGGGUUCUGAGCAAGUUGGAGGCCCUGGGCUUCUGUGCUUGUCUCCCAUCCAGGCACAAGGUACCCAAGUCCAACAGCACCCUCCACCUCCACAAUGGCAAAAAAUAGCCAUUCUGUGGUAGUAAAAGCAGAGGGGAAAAAGAGGACAAGGGGCAUGAAAUAAUUCAAAACCAGCUUCUGUCUUCACAAAGAAUGUUAAAUUGUGUCUAUUUCUGCCACUUUUGCAUUACAGGUAGUCGCCGGGUUAAGAACACCCAGUUUAAAGACGACCCACAGCUAAGAACGGAACCUCGUGUAGCAAAAUGCAAGUUAAACACACAAUGGUUUGAGUUAAUUACACAAUAUUAGUUAUGCAGUAUUAUACAAUAAUACUGUUCCAGCUUAAAUACUAAUUCGACUUAAGGACAGAUCUUUGGAAUGGAACUCGUUCUUAAGCUGAGGACUACCUGUAUUUUGUAACUGUACCUAUUUAUGGAUUAAUCUACAAAGGAUGGAUUCUGAAAAAAACUGCCUAGGAUGUUUGUGAUCUGCAGACAAGAAAACCCUCUUGGUUCUGUGUACAGGGACAGUGCUUCAGGGGUGGGGGUAGCAAGAAGGUGGAAGGUGCACAAGGGUGCGCGCGCGCGCACCCCCCCCCUUGAAGCUUCAGUUCUGCCUAGACCCUUUGGAGGGUGGCGCGGGCUCAGCUCUUUGGCCAGGCAAGGGGGCCUGCUUGGGGAUGCUCAGCCCUUCCAAGCAACCUCAAGGCUCAGGGGUGAGACCUGAAGGCACAGCCACAAAUCCUGCCAGGGUUUGAGUAACCUUCUGUUUCUCUCUCUCCCCCCUGCUCCCAGGUGUGUGGGAAGAUGGUAAUGUGCCUGUAGGACCAUGCCCCACACCAUGCAACGUGGCUUUCUCCUCCUGGCCGCCUGCUGCUCCCUCCUGAGCAUCACCCCCAUUUCAGCCUGCCCAGCUCGCUGCGAGUGCAUCCCUCACCUCAAGUCCGUCGCCUGCCAUCGAAAACGCCUCACUUCUGUGCCAGAGGGAAUACCAACAGAGACCAAGAUCCUGGAGCUCAACAAGAACCGCAUCCGCUGCUUGAACUCGGGGGAGCUGUCCUCGUUCCCCAUGCUGGAAGAGCUGGACUUCAGUGAGAAUAUCAUCACAAACAUGGAGCCGGGGGCCUUCAGCAACCUAUUCAGCCUACAGGUCUUGCGGCUACGACGCAACCAGCUCAAGCUGAUCCCACCGGGCAUCUUCCAAAAACUGACCAAUCUUACCCUUCUGGAUAUCAGUGAGAACAAAAUUGUCAUCCUUCUGGACUACAUGUUUCAAGACCUGAGAAACCUGAAGCACCUAGAAGUAGGGGACAACGACCUGGUUUAUAUUUCCCGAAAGGCCUUCUCUGGCUUGGUCAGCCUCCAGGAGCUGACCAUUGAGAAAUGCAAUCUUACUGACCUCUCUGCAGAUUCCCUCUCCCGCUUGCAAAACCUGGAGACCCUCCGGCUCAAGCACCUCGGCAUCACCCUGGUGGAAGAUCAGAACUUCAGGAAGCUUUAUAAUCUAUGGCUUCUGGAGAUUGACAACUGGCUGUCACUGGAGGACAUUUCGCCCAAUGCCUUCCAGGGACUUAACCUCACCUCCCUUUUUAUCACAUUCACCAACAUCACAGCAGUGCCAAUGACAGCCCUGAGGAACCUGGUGCAUCUCGUGCACCUAAACCUGUCUCACAACCCGAUCAGCACAGUGCCAAAGGGCGCCUUCCAGGAGCUCACCAGGCUCCGGGAGCUGCACAUGGUGGGUGCCCUGCUGGCCUCGGUGGAGCCCCAAGCGCUCUACGGGCUGAGGCAAAUCCGUCUUCUGAACCUCUCCAGCAAUUUCUUGUCCACCUUGGAAGAGAGCGCCUUUCACUCUGUCAACACCCUGGAAACACUCAGGGUGGACCAGAACCCCUUAGUCUGCGACUGCCGCCUACUCUGGAUCCUCCAGCGCCGGAAGACGCUGAACUUCGAUGGGCGGCCACCCAUGUGCUCCUCGCCACUUGAGAUUCAGGGCAAUGCCCUGCACGACUUUCCGGACUCUGUGCUGUUUGAGUAUUUCACCUGCCAAAAGCCCAAAAUCAGGAACCGCAGCCUCCAGCGUGUAACAGCUUACAAGGGGCAGGCAGUGUCCUUCCAGUGCCGGGCAGAGGGGGAACCUGUGCCCUCUAUCAGCUGGGUGUCUCCCCAACAUAGGAUGAUCACCUCCAAAAGUUUGGGCCGAGCCACCGUCCUGCCCGGCGGAACGCUGGAGAUCCGCUAUGCCCAGGCCCAGGACAGUGGGACCUACAUUUGCAUCGCCAGCAACGCUGCCGGCAACGACACCUACUUUGCCACCCUGACCGUCAAAGGGCCCCCGGCUGACAGCAUCCUGGACGCAAACCGGACCUGGGUUCUCAGGGACUUCAACGACACUUCCCACAACGACACCCAGGUCUUCAUAAAGUUCACUUUGGACCUCAAGACCAUCUUGGUGUCCACGGCCAUGGGAUGCAUCACCUUCCUGGGCGUGGUCCUCUUCUGCUUCCUCCUCCUCUUUGUUUGGAGUCGGGGCCGUGGGCAGCACAAGAACAACUUUUCUGGGGAAUACUCCUUCCGCAAGGUCGAUGGUCCAACCACAGCCUCGGGGCAGGGCGGAGCCAGGAAGUUCAACAUGAAGAUGAUUUGAGCAUCUGGCGGGCGAUGCUCUGUCCAUCACGGGAGGGGGCUCCUGUGGCGGCUGCUGCUGCUGCUGCUGCUAAGGCAGGUGGCACAAGGCCCACUCCCUCUUUAACGGAGCCUGGGAGCAGCAGUCAGCAGGCACCAAAGAGGGAGUGCUGUCACUCCCCUGCCCCGCUCAGCUCAGCUGCAAGGCCGGGAGGGUCAGGAUCAAGGGCUUGUGAUCCGCAGGGCACAUUCCCGCUUCCCAGUAGCGCCCUGCACGAGCUCCUGGCAGGCCAGGCACAGUCCUGGGCUCCGGAACGGCCACUCACGCCUCCACCACUUGGGGAUGGGGGCCAAGGGUGGGUUGCCGGCGCUCGGUUGGCAGACACGUGGCCAGGCCAGCGAGCACAGCCCUCCCCCCACCGCCCAUGGCAGAUGGCUUGAGCAGAGCUUCCAGCGCGGAAUCUCUCACGAGCAGCUUUGGCUGGGGGAGCAUUUACCCCACUAAGAAUAUUGGCUGCGCUCCCCGGAGUCCGCCGUCACUGUGCUUCCAUCCCCCCCACCCGAUGUCUCUUAGUCAGGCGGGGAAAUAGAACCUGUGGUUUUGGAAAUCCUCCCAUUGUAGCCGACGUUAGGGUUUUGUAUCUCAACUAUGCAUUUUUCAACGACGGAGAGCAUUCCGUUCGGGCUCUGAGGAGCCUCACCUGUCUCUUUUUUAGACAAAAUUUUGAAAACCCAGGCUCAGCUGAUGGGUUUUUAAACACAUUUUAUACGCACGUCCACUGUCUUCCUAGGGGACAGGGCCGCAAGGCUGGG